AUAACCAUGGGAAAGAUCAUAUUUUACGAGGACAGGAACUUCCAGGGGCGCUCUCAUGAGUGCAGCAGCGACAGUGCCGACCUCCACUCGUACUUCAACAGAUGCAACUCCAUCAGGGUGGAUAGCGGCUGCUUCAUGAUCUAUGAGAGGCCCAACUACACGGGAAACCAGUACUACCUGAGGAGAGGAGAGUACUCUGACAACCAGCGUGCCAUUGGCCUCAACGACUGUGUCAAGUCUUGCCGUAUGAUCCCCCAGCACCGUGGCUCCUACAAGAUGAGGCUCUACGAACGCUCCGACAUGUCCGGUCAGAUGCACGAAAUGUUGGACGACUGCCCAAACAUCCAGGACCGCCUCAGCAUGUCCGACUUCAACUCCUGUAACGUGAUGGAAGGCCACUGGCUGCUGUACGACCAGCCCAACUACAAGGGCAGGGCGUACUACAUGAGGCCCGGGGAGUACAGGAGGUUCAGCGACUGGGGAGGCGUCAGCCCCAGAGUCGGCUCCAUCAGAAGAAUCAGCGACUUGAACUGAAGUCAUGCCUUAAUUCAA